UGAGUAUUCCAUAAAGGACUUUGACAGAACACAUUUAGAUUAACAGGCAGAAAUAACUUUGGUAAAAGGAACAUUUAGCUGAGCUUAUUUUACGUAGGCUAUUUCUUUGGAGUCGGUUAAAUAUCUGCAGUGAGGAAGGUUGAAUGCGAGGAGCAGCACGAGUAAAUUAUUGAUUGGGACGGUCCUGCUAUAAAAAGGCGACGCUCCCCGUGUUCUGCUCUUUGUCUCUAAACGCCAAGAUGAGCUACGGAUCUGACAUCUACUCUGCUUCUUCCUACAGGAAGAUUUUCGGGGACUCUACCCGCUUCUCAGCCUCUCCAUCCCGGCUGAGCAACUCUCGGAGUGGGUUUAAGUCCCACCCCGUAACCCGCACCAACAUCCCGAGCUCCUACCGGCGCUCCACCCGAUCUUCUUUCCCUUCCUCUUCCUUGACUCUGGAAAGCUUUGACUUCUCCCAGAGCACAGCGCUUAAUAAUGAGUUCAAGAUCAUCCGCACGAAUGAGAAGGAGCAGAUGCAAGGUCUCAAUGACCGUUUCGCGACGUUCAUUGAGAAAGUUCGCAACCUGGAACAGCAAAACAAAGUGCUAGAAGCCGAACUCGUUACCCUGCGCCAGCGCCAAACGGAGCCGUCCCGUUUGGCCGAACUAUACCAGCAAGAGAUCAGAGAACUGCGCUCCCAACUUGAGGAACUCAACGCUGAGAGGAACCAGAUGAUGUUUGAGCGUGACAACAUUGAGGAGAAUCUUCAGAAACUCCAGGAGAAGUACGAGGAGGAGAUCAGAAUGCGCGAGGAAGCUGAUCAAACACUGAAAGCCUACAAGAAGGACGUGGACGACGCCACGAUGGUGCGUCUAGACCUGGAGAAGAAGGUCGAGUCCCUUCUGGACGAGAUAAACUUCACAAGGAAGGUGCAUGAAGAGGAGGUCGCUGAGCUCAUGAACAUGAUCCAAGCCGCCCAGGUGUCCGUGGAGAUGGAAGUGGCUAAACCCGACCUUUCAUCCGCCCUCAAGGAGAUUCGUGGCCAGUACGAGGUCAUAGCGAAUAAGAACUUGCAGUCCGCCGAAGAGUGGUACAAGUCCAAGUUCGCCGAUCUUAAUGAUCAGGCCAACAAGAGCAACGAGGUUAUUCGCGCGAGCAGGGAAGAGCUGAACGAGUACAGGAGGCAGAUGCAGUCCAAGACUAUUGAGAUUGAAAGUCUGAAGGGGACCAACGAAUCCCUGGAAAGGCAGAUGCACGAGAUGGAGGACAGGCACAACGCUGAGGUUAUGGGCUAUCAGGAUUCAAUUGGGCAUUUGGAAAAUGAGCUGAGGACAACUAAGAGUGAGAUGGCCCGUCAUCUUAGGGAGUACCAAGACUUGCUGAAUGUCAAGAUGGCGCUUGACAUUGAAAUCGCUGCUUACAGGAAACUGCUGGAAGGGGAGGAGACACAUUUUAGCACUGGCAUCACCUACCCCACCCCUAGCUCAGUGUCCAGCUACAGCUACCAGUCCCGCAUGUACGGUGGCACUAGCGUGAGUGUAAAGAAGGAAGUCAAGGAUGAUGAUGAAGACAAACAUCAGAGCAGCAAAUCAGGCAAAGGCUCCGUCCAGUCUGACAACACUAAGAAGAAUGAUAAAAUCGACUCUGGAGACGUGAAUCCCACCAGCCAGAAAAACUAAACAUCUUCCUUACUUCUCCUUCUCCUCCCUCUGCAUUACUUUCCAUAAAUUUUCAAACAUUUCCCAAGCAAUUACCCGCCACAAAGGGGGUCUCUGAGAGGAAACUAGUGUAUCUCUGUCUCAGCUUACCCACUUUUAUCUAACCUCACUCUCAGUCACUGGGAACUAUUCCCUUUGUAGCAAACCACCAACUGCUCAACACACCCCAGGUGUCACACUCUGUGAUAGCUUCAGUGCAUAUAUUAUCUCUGCAUGCGUCUCUCUCUCUCUCUCUCUCUCUCUCUCUCUCUCUCACUGCGAACACAGAAACAAGCAAUUACUAAUAAUUCAUAUCAGGUGAGAACCCUUACCUCUUACUCUCUUUCCAGACAAACGCUCGUCCAUGCCCUCGCCUCCACAAAUAUGUGUAACUCUGUUUAGUUAUUACUUCAAUUUAGCAACAAACACAUGCAGAAAAGAUUAACAGCACUUUGAAACUUUCAUAGUGUGUUUGGUUGUAGGUGAGAGGUAGCUUAAGAAAUAAUCUGUAAGCAAUAGCAUAUCAAUUAUUGCUCACUUUACAUCUUGUUGGUGCUAUUAAUAAUGGCAGAUAUGAGGCUAAGUUGCACUAGUGCCCUUACAAUUAAUUGCAUCUGUUACUUUAACUCUUAGGAACAAGUGCUAGGCAUAUUUAGAAUUUUACAAAACAAUUCAAGUCAAGCAGCCAAAUUCCUCUCUAAGACUGCUCUUGAUUCCAAUUUAAAUACCCUCUCCCAAACCAACCCCACUUGCCCUUUAAAAUUUGUAUUUGGGCUUAAUAACAAGUCCUCACUGCAUGAGGUGAAUCUACUGAUGCAUGGUGACUGUAUGUGGGCCAUAAAGUGAUUUUAAGAUGAUUGGACUAGACAGGAGUACAGUCUUCACCAUCAACAAAUGCUUUCUUAGUGUUGUGUCUGCUAUCCUUCUCAGGCAAGACAUAAGACUAAUAGGGAGGAAGUGACAAUGUUACUCAAUACUGCGGAAGUCUUUCACAUGCUUGUGUUGUUAAAUAUACAUUCUGAUAAUCACAGUAAAUAAAUUCAGGGCACACACACAUAUAUAUACACAUAAUUUAUUUUGUGUAGAUUAUCAUAUAUUAAGGGAUAUUUUGGAAUGACUGUGCUUGCAAAAUAUCUUAUAAUGGUUUUAUGAAAAAUGGUAAAGAUUAAGUUCUUUAAGUUCAGCUUCUCCCGCCAUUUCAGAGUUUGUCCAGUCUUAACUGAGUUUGCGGAAUAUAAACUCAAUCAGGUGCAUUUGUGGCACAAUGAUGAUUAUCACAAAAAUUUAUUUCAACUUGCCCCUUCUUAAAAAACAUUAAAUACAUUUAAAUCUGUUACAGUGAGCCUCUUGUACACACAACGGUAGUGAAUGGGGCCAAACCGUAAACGUUAAAAUACUCACUGUUUCAAAAUUAUAGCCACAAAAUGUAAAGAUAAUGCAUGUUAACUGAUUUCAUUGUGAUAAAAUCACUUGAUAAUCUUUUCUGUGUAAAUUUAUAUCCAAUUUUACAUCUUUGUUGCGAUGAAAACGUAAUGCUGUAAACACUAAAACCCUAAAACAACCUUAAAAACAAGGAUUUAAAAAGUUUUAAAAGAAUAAUUAAUGCAAGAGCUUUUAUAGAAUUAUAAGAUGCACAUUUCUGUGUUUAAACACUCCAAAUGCUUUUAAAGAAAAAGAGAAACAAGUUGAAUGAGAUUAACUUGUAUUGAAAACGGAAUACUCCUUUAAGAAAAGUAACAGUAUACAUUUAGAAGUUAGAAAAUGGCAUGCAUCAUAAACAUCUCAUUAUACAUCUAAACAGUAACCAUAUUUUCUCAAGGAUGCCUGAAGCACAUUUUCAGUCACCAUCUCACAUCAAUCUACACCACAAUGCUACCAACAUGGGCCAUAAUGAAAAUCUAGUUCUCCACACCCAGUUUUCUCUGAGAAAAAGAGCCACUGUCAUGGUGAACCUCUAUUAACUAUGCAUCAGCAAUGAAUCCCUUGAUAAACCUCUAACGUAAAAAAGGUAAAUGCAUAUUAACACUUCAGCUACACUGCCAAGUUUAGAUACCACUUGCCUUUUGUCUUUGUCUGACUUGCUGCACUAUUUCUCUCAACAGAUGGAACAGAUAUAUAUAUGGUUGUGCUUAAUUCUCUUUAAGAAUGGUGUGAUUGGAAUAAAGUUAAAUGGAAUUAUUUUUCUGUCAGAAUUAACUUUUCUGAUCAAAACUGUGACAUUGGCAUGGUAAGCUGCAAGGGAAUGUCAGGCAAAUCUGGAACUUUGUCUUUUCAUUCUUUAACUUUUAGACCUGAUAACUAGACCCUUUCACAAAAAAAAAAAAACAAAGUUGACAAAAGGUUUUGGGAUUUGCCCAUGAGGAGGGCAAAAGGUGAUUGUGGAAAACAUAGCAACACACAAGAAAUAUAUAUGUUCAAAUCUGCACUGCCAGACUUUUGUAAUGCAUGUGCUAUCGAAAUCCCUCUUCAUAAAAAGACAACCCACUUUUUACACCAAUACAAAACAAUCCAUUCCAAAAUGCAAAUAUUUAUGUAUGAAUGCUCUAAGUUAUGAAAAUGCCUUAAUCCACCAGCAGCUUACUGAAUCUGGCAGGGUGUGCAUUAAACUGUUAUUUCUGCUAAGAAUGUGAUCUUGUCUGCUCUCUAGUAUGUAGUGGCCACCUUGUACUGUAUGACUGGAUGUUUAGGAGCUGAAUGUAGCUCAUGUAAUUUCUAUGUAGUCAUUAUCUUAUUGCUGUGUGGCACACAACCAAUAAAAACAACAUUAUGA